GUCCCGAGGCCGAGUUCAUAAGGAGACCGGAUCAUCUGAUGCCUCCUGAUCUUUAGCGCGCAGCUGCAUUUCGCUACGCGGUCAGAACAGACCGUCCGCGAUGCAGAAGCCUUCGUCCCUUGAACUUCCGAGGGCGUUCAUAUGAUAUAUAAAGCAGGGGACGUCGUGUUUGGUGCUAGCUCGUCGUUCUGGUGAACCUCAUCAAGUCGAUUAUCUCUCUCCCCGCGCUCUUCUUAGCAACGAUGUUGAUGCGCACGGUCCUGGCGUUCCUCUCGGUCCUCCCCCUCCUCUCCCAAGCCAGCCCGGCUCUUCGCCGUGCCGACGCGGUGUUGAUUCACCCCAACGGAGAUACUACCAAGUGCUUGGGUGUCACCGGCCCCCAAAACGACGCUCCGACGGAGAUCUUGGACUGCCUCAACUUGCGCAUUGGGCAGUACGUCCGGUGGGAAAUCGCUGAAGGCGACAACCUCUCCGUUCAGCUCGCCGGCACGAAUUUCUGCUUGGACGCCGGAACCAAUCCCCACAACAACGGUCCCGCUAAAGUUUACCAAUGCUUCCCUGGUCUGACCCAGCAACACUGGUACUAUACUGCUGAUGAGCGCAUUGCCAUCACUGGCGGCAACCAAUGCCUCGACCAGACCAACGGCAACGGCGCCCCGCAAACUUAUCAAUGCACGACCGGCAACACGAACCAGGUCUGGGGCGUGUCAGAUGCUGGCCCAGGCCCCACCACCACUCUCUCGUCGACGACAUCCACUACGCCCACGAGCACAACGACGUCCCCGACAUCGACGGCAACGUUUUUCUACGCCCCGAGCAACGGCACCCAGCUCAACUUCAACGGCAACACGCGACAAUGCCUAUCGGUCACCAACGGCUACGCUGCCACCGGAACCGCGGUAGCUCUCGUCACUUGCUUCGGCGCCACCGACCCGGCCAUCGGCUUCCAGCUCUGGACGCUCACCCGCAACGCGCCGACCCAGAUCGUGCUCACCCUCCCUCAACACGGGACUAGCUACUGCCUGACCUAUGGCACGCAGCAGAACGGCGGCGGCGCCUUCGUCUCCCCUUGCGAGUCCAAUAAUGCGCAGCAGACAUUCUGGUACACGGAGGACAACCACGUCUCGCUCUACAACGGCGACCAGUGCCUCGACGUCGUGGCGGGAUCCCAGCCGACGUCGCAAAAACCGUACGGCACGCUGCAGAACGUGCAGACGUGGGCGUGCUCCGGCACGGACAAGCAACAGAUCUGGACGAGCUCGAUCGCUCUCUGAUUCGAGCUUCUACGCUUUGGAUAAUUGCAUUCGUGCCAUGGACUUUUCUGUCUUCGGACAUGGAUCGGACAUUCGAUGUUUUAGCCCACAACAAUGUUUACCGCACCUUGUAAUCCUUUGCCUCGACACGAGCCUUGCCGUCCUGUAUUGUAUUCUUCCGUUCGCAACACAAAUAAUCAUCGCUUUUGCCGCAACGUUCGGUAUGUUUCUACAUUGCUGGGUAAUGUAUCC